AACCCACAAUAUUAACCCCACCAACCAAUAUAACUCCCUCUUUUUAUUUAUCUAUAAAUAUAAUACUCUCACCCUUUUCCUCAAUUCCCAUUCUCCAAACUUAAACAAAUAUAACAUUCUUAUUCUUCUUCUUAUUAUCUUAAUUAAGCUAUCAUGGGAGAGAAGCAAAAGGAGCAGCCAAAGAAUGAAACGGAGGAGAAGAAGCCGUCGUCUGAAGAACCAAAGAAAAACGACACACCCGCUCCUGUCGUUUACAAGCUUGACUUGCAUUGCGAGGGAUGUAUUAAGAAAAUCAAAAGAACCGUUCGCCAUUUUGAUGGUGUGGAGGAUGUCAAGGCUGAUUUAACGGCUAACAAGUUAACGGUCACCGGAAACGACGUUGACGCCGUUAAGCUUCAAGAGAAGCUUAUCGUCAGAACUAAGAAGAAGGUUGAGCUACUAACUCCUCCGCCGCCCAAGAAGGAAGCCGCUCCUCCUCCUCCUGCUCCUCCGGCCGAGGGAGAAAAGAAAUCCGAUGAGAAGAAGCCACCUAAAGAGAGCACGGUGGUUUUGAAGAUCAGAUUGCACUGUGACGGUUGCAUUACGAAAAUUAGAAGAAUCAUCCAGAAGUUCAACGGUGUUGAUUCGGUGAGCAUUGAUGGAGGUAAAGAUUUGGUGACGGUGAAGGGAACCAUGGAUGUGAAGGAACUGGUGCCCUAUUUGAACGACAAGCUCAAGAGGAACGUGGAGGUGGUUGCACCAAAGAAAGAUGAGGAAAAGAAAGAAAAAGACGGCAGCGAUGCCGGUGCCGGUGAAAAGAAAGAGAGCAAAGAAGCUGCCGGCGACAAAAAAGACGGCGGAGACAAAAAAGAAAGUGGAGGAGGAGGAGACGGUGACAAAAAAGAAAAAACAGCAGCGACGACAGCGACAACAACGACUGAAACAAAGAGUGAGGUUAACAAAAUGGAAUACCACGGAUACCCAUUGCCAUCCCCAAUUUAUUGGCACAAUAAUAAUGAAAAUUUUCAUCAAGGUCAAACAAGUUAUGCUAUGGAGGUUCACCCUGGGUAUGCAAACCAUGGGUACCACUAUAUGGAGCCACCACAAGGAUACAUGACCCAUCAUCAUCAAGGGUAUGUGAUGAACCAUAAUCAAGGGUAUCAUCAUGUUGAGCCAGGUCCAUUACCAUUCUACAUGAACCCUAACCAACCUCACCCUCAGAUGUUCAGUGAUGAGAACCCUAAUGCUUGUUCCCUCAUGUGAUGAUAUGAAUUUCAUGCUGCUUAAUUUUGUCAGUGUGUGUAGUACACUAUACUACAUACCUAAUACACAUGUAAUUGUAAAUAAUCAAAAGGGGAAAAAAUAAAAUAAGUUGGACUA